GAUGAUUCACACUGGUGAAAAGCCGUUUUCAUGUGUGAACUGUGGAAAAAGCUUUUGUCAAAAACGGGAUUUAACUCGGCACAUGAUGAUUCACACUGGUGAAAAGCCGUUUUCAUGUGUGAACUGUGGAAAAAGCUUUUGUCAAAAACGGGAUUUAACUCAGCACUUGAUGAUUUACACUGGUGAAAAGCCGUUUUCAUGUGUGAACUGUGGAAAAAGUUUUAGUCAAAAACGGGAUUUAACUCGGCACUUGAGGAUUCACACUGGUGAAAAGCCGUUUUCAUGUGUGAACUGUGGAAAAAGUUUUAGUGUAAAACGGAAUUUAACUCAGCACAUGAGGAUUCACACUGGUGAAAAGCCGUUUUCAUGUGUGAACUGUGGAAAAAGUUUUAGUAUAAAACGGGAUUUAACUCGGCACAUGAGGAUUCACACUGGUGAAAAGCCGUUUUCAUGUGUGAACUGUGGAAAAAGCUUUUGUCAAAAACGGAAUUUAACUCAGCACAUGAUGAUUCACACUGGUGAAAAGCUGUUUUCAUGUGUGAACUGUGGAAAAAGUUUUAGUCAAAAACAGCAUUUAACUCGGCACAUGAUGAUUCACACUGGUGAAAAACCAUUUUCAUGUGUGAACUGUGGAAAAAGUUUUAGUCAAAAACGGGAUUUAACUCGGCACUUGAGGAUUCACACAGGUGAAAAGCCGUUUUCAUGUGUGAACUGUGGAAAAAGUUUUUGUCAAAAACGGGAUUUAACUCGGCACUUGAGGAUUCACACUGGUGAAAAGCCGUUUUCAUGUGUGAACUGUGGAAAAAGUUUUAGUCAAAAAAAGUAUUUAACUCGGCACAUGAGGAUACACACUGGUGAAAAGCCGUUUUCAUGUGUGAACUGUGGAAAAAGUUUUAGUCAAAAACAGGAUUUAACUCGGCACAUGAGGAUUCACACUGGUGAAAAGCCGUUUUCAUGUGUGAACUGUGGAAAGAGUUUUAGUCAAAAACAGAAUUUUACUCAUCACAUGAGGACUCACACUGGUGAAAAGCCUUUUUCAUGUGUGAACUGUGGAAAAACUUUUAGUCAGAAACAGGAUUUAACUUGGCACAUGAGGAUUCACACUGGUGAAAAGCCGUUUUCAUGUGUGAACUGUGGAAAAAGAUUUAGUCAAAAACAGGAUUUAACUCGGCACAUGAGGAUUCACACAGGUGAAAAGCCGUUUUCAUGUAUGAACUGUGGAAAAUGUUUUAGUCAAAAACAGGAUUUAACUCAGCACAUGAUGAUUCACACUGGUGAAAAGCCGUUUUCAUGUGUGACCUGUGGAAAGUUUUUUAGUGUAAAACGGAAUUUAACUCGGCACAUGUUGAUUCACACUGGUGAAAAGACGUUUUCAUGUGUGAACUGUGGAAAAAGUUUUAGUGUAAAACGGAAUUUAACUCGACACAUGUUGAUUCACACUGGUGAAAAGACGUUUUCAUGUCCGUUUUCAUGUGUGAACUGUGGAAAAAUGUUUAGUCAAAAACGGGAUUUAACUCGGCACAUGAUGAUUCACACUGGUGAAAAGCCAUAUUCAUGUAUGAACUGUGGAAAAAUCUUUAGUCGCAAAGAUAGUUUGACUAACCACAUGAGGCGUCACACAGGUGAAAAGCCGUUUUCAUGUGUGAACUGUGGAAAAAGUUUUAGUCAAAAACAGAAUUUUACUCAUCACAUGAGGAUUCACACAGGUGAAAAGCAGUAGAAGUAUUUUCCAUACAAGUUCUAUGUUGAGGUUCACUAUAGAACUGAUUUGGUUUAAAACUAGAAUGAAAGACUGGAGGGGUUUCAUGUCUAUAAAGCUGAAAAUUGUUGUAUUUGUUAAAUGUGAUCAUUUGGAUACUUGGAGAUGUGCAACCAUGACACAUUUUCCUUCAGAGAUGCUUUCUUG